CCUCUCUCUCUUUCUCUCUGCUCUUGUUUCGUCUCGUCGGGUCUGUCUCAUCCUCGUCUCGCUGUUGAUCCGUCUCUAAAUGAUCGCAGACGCACAUCAGAUGUUGAGGAUUCAUGUAUCUGGAGGCUGGAGCUGAACACGACGAUGUCAUUUAGAUGUAAAUAGGUUACCCCGGUGGACAGAGACGACACGGAAAGCUAGCUUACCCGACCAUCCUGAAGCUUUAGAUAUUGUUCUGAUAAACAAAUCAUCAUGGAUUUGUCAUUUAUGGCCGCGCAGAUCCCUGUGAUGACAGGAGCCUUCAUGGACUCUUCGCCUCACGAUGACUACAGCAUGGAUCACUCUCUCUUCAACUCCUCUGCUAGCGUCCACGCCGCCGCUCUGGCAGCUCACAACCAACAGGAGGAGCAGCAGCCCAUGUCCCGGGACGCCAUCUGGCUGUGGAUCGCCAUCACCGCCACCAUCGGGAACAUCAUAGUGGUUGGCGUCGUCUACGCCUUCACGUUCUGACCUCUGGAACGAAACCAGCUGAACUUUGGAGACAUAUUCGGCUUUGAGUCCCCCAAAUAUAGGGCCCCUCAUCAGACGAACAGUGUCUGGAAAAAAAUAAUAAUCUACACCUUUUUUUUGUUGUUUAUUUGUUUGGUUCCAGAAAUUAUUUUUGAUUCAUUGUAAGUUUCAUGUUGAAAACUUUUUAACUAGAUUGUUUAUAGCUAAACAAGCGUAACGUGAGGAAAAAUGACAUAUUUCAUUAUUAUUACAAUUUAUUUUUUUCUCUGAAUGACUAAUACUGCCAGACUUUUGCCAAAUAAUUUGUACGUUUUUGCUUUUAGUAUGUAAUGACAAAUGUUGUUAUUAAGCUUUAAAUGUCUAGAGGGCAAACACUACUCUCUGAAAGUCAUCCAGCAACCUUUUUAAAGCGGCGAUUACAAAGUUGAAAUGAAUCCCAAACCCAUUUUGGAAAGGUAACCAUAAAAUAAUGUAAAUACAGGAAGUGCAGUAUGUAAGUGCCCAGAACAGGAAAUUAAACCUUUUUUUUAUUAUUAUUAAAGAAUUUUAACCUUGGUCAGAAUCAGAGAUGACAAGCGAUGAAAGCACUUAUUCAUGGGGCGUUUAUACUCAUUGGUUGAUUUAUUUAUUUAUUUAUUUUGUCUUUUUAUUUCACCCGAGCAUAUGACAAUUUGGAGACAAUCUCUUCUCUUAAUUCUUCGCAUGGUAAAACCACCACUUUAGUUGAUGAAAGGUUCAGUUUAACAUUUAAGAAAUACACCACACAAUGAUUUUAAUUAAAACCUGCAUACCAGUGAAUGAUUUUAUACCAAUAAAUCAUUUCUUUCCCUUAGUUGAGGGUGACAGGUCCAGCUUGUAUUUAGAAGCCUUGCUUUUAAUGAGCUCAGCAUAAAAGGUGGGGUUGCUAUGGCGACUGUCUCAUGCUGUCUGGGAGAAAGUGGCUACGACUUCCCACAUCACACACCUGCAAACAUCUUUACUGCCUGCUGGCACAAAGCAACUGUCCAAACAAACACACAUUUC